GUGGAAAGGGUCGUCCGCGGUCAACUCGUUUACGGAACGAAAUGGAUGCACCGUUGACGCGUCCUCGAAACACGUGUAGCUUUUGUGGAUUUAGUGGGCAUAAUAAGAAAACAUGCCCUCGAAGGUCAAGAAACGAUCAUGGUGAUGCCGGGCCCAGUUGAUCCAUCAGUGCUUACGCUUCAGGCGACCCACAGGAGCGUAGCUGCAUGGGAGGGCUCCACUACCCAAUUGGUUACUCGUCAGCACUACCAGGCGAGUACGUUACGGUGGGAGGUGGAUGACAGGGUGUUAGACGUAGUCGAGCUAGCUGGUUUCAGAUACAUUCACCGGUUGUUGGGCGGGGGCUUGGAGCUCGAUCGAGCUCUUAUCACUGCAUUGGUGGAGAGGUGGAGGCCAGAGACACAUACAUUCCACCUCACAGUUGGCGAGGCAACGAUCACGUUGCAAGAUGUGGCAGUUAUCAUGGGACUACCGGUUGAAGGACAAGCAGUCAUUGGUCAUGGGGAGGGAAAUUGGCCAGCAUUAGUACAUGAGCUGCUAGGGGUUAGGCCGGAAAACCCUCAAGACCCCACCCAGCCCAAGAUCAUCGUUGGAUCGUCAUUGAAGCUGACUUGGCUCCGACAGCAUUUUAGCGCGCUUGAGGAUGAUGCAGAUGAUGUGACGGUUGACAGACAUGCCCGCGCUUACAUCUUGUACCUGUUUGGAUGCAUCUUGUUUCCAGAUAAGAGCGGCGACUCGGUACAGCUGAUCUAUCUCCCUCUACUGGGAGAUUUGGAGCGCGUAGAUGAGUACAGUUGGGGAAGUGCUACCCUGGCGUAUCUGUAUCGUAACUUAUGUCGAGCAUCUCGUAAGGGUGCCAAGGACAUUGGUGGAUGCUUGAUGUUAUUACAGAUAUGGUCAUGGGAGCACAUUCAUAUAGGGAGGCCAAUUAUUCGGACGGUUCGACCGGAUGGGCAAAAUGAUCAGGAAGAUGACGCGGAUGAUUUUGAACCGAUAUUAGGGUCACAGCAUCGGCGCGGGGUGGAUCCUUUGGCAGUAAGGUAG